GUCUCGGAGCCUGGGAGCCGCUGCGGCUUCUCACACUCGGACUUCAGCGCCGACCCAGACCCGGACUUAGAUCCUUUGCAGCGACUUCUCAGGAAGCAAAGCUCCGGGCAACAACCUCCUCCACGCGGCUCCGCCACCCCCAGGAGCCCCGGCUGCGCCCCUGCAAUCUCCGCCCGCUGCACCUGCCACCACUGAGCGAGCCCAGGCGCCCGAAGUGAGCUAUGGCCAACGCGGGGCUGCAACUGCUGGGCUUCAUCCUGGCCUUCCUGGGCUGGAUUGGAGCCAUCGUCAGUACGGCGAUGCCCCAAUGGAAGACUCACUCCUAUGCGGGCGACAACAUCGUGACGGCCCAGUCCAUCUACGAGGGGCUGUGGAUGUCCUGCGUGUCACAGAGCACAGGGCAAAUCCAGUGCAAAGUCUUCGACUCCUUGCUGAAUCUAAACAGCACAUUGCAAGCAACCCGUGCCUUGAUGGUUGUCGGCAUCCUGCUGGGACUCAUAGCCAUCUUUGUGGCCACUGUUGGCAUGAAAUGUAUGAAGUGCCUGGAAGACGAUGAGGUCCAGAAGAUGCGGAUGGCUGUCACGGGGGGCGUAAUAUUUCUUAUUGCAGGUCUGGCUCUUUUAGUGGCUACAGCAUGGUAUGGCAAUAGAAUUGUUCAAGAAUUCUAUGACCCCAUGACCCCAGUCAAUGCCAGGUAUGAAUUUGGCCCAGCUCUCUUCACUGGCUGGGCUGCUGCUUCCCUCUGCCUUCUGGGAGGUGCUCUACUUUGCUGCUCCUGUCCCCGGGGAACAACAUCUUACCCAACACCACGGCCCUAUCCAAAACCUGCACCUUCCAGUGGGAAAGACUAUGUUUGACACAGGAGCAAAAGGAGAUAGCCCUGUUGGAACAAACAGAAAAUGGACAUUGAAAUACUGUCAUUGACUUUAAGACCUUGAACUUUGACUGUUGUCGUCUGAACUGUGGUAUUACGAAAAACAAAAACAAAACAGAAAAACAUUUUUUUAAAUACCCGUUGCUAAAAACGACUUACUCUUAUCUCCUUUCCUUAAUAUGGGAGGGAAUCAUUUUCCGCUUGUAUUACUGUUUCCCACUGAGUAAUUAUCUCAAAUGUGGGGAGAAAGAGCUCCUUAAAUAUAGAUAUGUAUAUAUACAUGUUUUUCUAUAAAAAGUUAGAUAGUAAAACCUCUUCUGUUGUCACCAGCAUCCUUAAAAUAUAUCUAAAAAUAUAUAUUUAAGCCUAUAUUGAUUAAACAAGCAGCUUAUUUAGUAUGUCCCUUCUUUCUAUAUGUAUACAUAUGGUAUAGGUCAAAUAUCAUUUACCGUCCUUCAUCAGCUUCACUUUAGUGUCUUUGACAGAAGACCUAACCUACUAACUAUACCAAGUACAAAUUUCUUUAAUUCUUCACAUGUGCCCUUUGAUAUUCUUCUCUUAUUAUUUUUUUACCAUGAUUUUAUAGCACUUGCUUUAUCAUCAGUCAGUCAUUCUUCAUACCUUUAUUUGUUUUUUAUUAGUUUGGGCUUACCUCUUGAAUCUAAUAACACAUUUCAUAAGCCUACUGUUUAAUUUCUAAAAUCAAUAAGAUUAUCUUACAACUCCGAGCUUUGGGAGCAAAUCAUUCUGCAUGACCAGAAAAUGUAUCCCCUUUGACCUUCCCACCUGAUCUCUGUACCCUGACCUCUAACACUCUUGUUUGCUUUGAAAAUAUUUGUCUUGCUGAGUAGCUGCCUUCCCUAGUGUUGUAACACAAUUCACUGAAUUUUUAAGCUACUUAUUUACAGCUGUAAAUCUUCCUAAACUACCUUUUCUUACCCACGCCCUCCUCAUCUAUACUGUUUUUUCCUAUGUAAUUAUCUUGUAGUUUACCUCUCCCCAGAGAGGUUUGGUCUGUUUGUCUGCAUGAAGUGCUAGAUUUUCUGCAGUGAUAACCUGGUGACAAAUAUUCUCUCUGUAGCUGUAAGCAAGUCACUAAUCUUUCUCCUCUUUUCCCAUCUGUCAAAUUGAGAUAAUGAUGCUUAACUAGCUGGUGGAGGUGGUGUGAGUAUUAAUUAGUUGGUAUUAUACUCAUUCUUUGAACAUGAAAUAUGCAUCACUAGUGUUUUUAUUUGCCCAAUUGGCUGUUUGGAAGUCAUUGAACCAAACCUACACACACGUCUUCACCUUGUUCAGCACCUUCCUUUCUCCUCCAGUCCAUUUCCUUUCUUUCAGCUGUGUCAAGCAUGUUUUUGGGGCUCUGUUCCAUUUUAAUAAUUGCUUUUCAUUUGCUACUUCAAUUGAACAAGAUGAUGUAAUGAAAAGGGUGUUGGUGCUGGUGUCUGGAGACCUGAUUGGUGCUAUCAAUUACUGCCUGAGCUUGGGCAAGGCACUUGGCUGGCCUAGAUUUAUUGUUUCAUCUGUAAAAAGGGGAUUGUAAUUCUUGACCUGCCUACCUUGCAGGGCUUUUGUGGAAAUUCAGUGAGAUGGAAUUUAUGCAAAUAUGUUGUAUAAGAUGAAAAGUACCAUAGUAGGGGAAAAAACUAUGGAAUUUAAGUGCAUGGGUUUUGGAUUACUAUUCCAACAAUUGAAAAGAGAGAAAUUUUAAGAAAUGUGUUUCUUGGCUUAACCAAUCUCUCAAGUGAUAACACACUACAGUGAAAUUCAGCUUACUAAAUGAAGAGGUCUCAAAGGAAGUCAGUUUCUUCCAUCAGUAUGGCCUGGUGCUUUUUGUGGGUAAUUUUUUCUCCUUUUAGGAAUACAGACUUGACCUAGGACAAGUCUGCACAUAUAAUGGGUAAAACAGAAGUGUAAGUGUUGGAAAAGACAAAGUAUGGAAGAUUAAUUUAAAUUAUGAUAACUUGCAAGGGUACUCAAGAUGUAUAUCUGUUAAGUGAUGCUGUCAGAGGUAUUGCUGUUAGCUAGCAGCUAACGCUGCUAGGAGAGUUUGAGAAUGGUAAUUCAUAGUGAAACAAUAUGGAAAAAAUAUUGAAAAAGCUGUAUGAUUAUUUAAACCUAGUAAAUUUUAGUGUGUCUUCCAAAUCUGAGUCUAUGCUUCUAGAAGGUAUAAUUCAAAGUGCCUUUGCCACAUACAUAGAUCCUAACGAUGUGUGUAUAUAAAUGCAUGGGGUGAUGAGUUGCUGAACUCUACAAAGAAAUUGAUCAUCAAAAUGACCAACAGAAGUAUUACACCAGAAUUUACUCAAUUUUGAUAUUUUUGUACUCUGCUACUACACCUGGAAACAGACCCAAUAGAUACUUUGGGAUUUUGUAAUGGGACUUUGUAUAAAGCAAUAUUCUUUUUCAAUAAGUUGUUGGGGAUUUUUUAAUAAAAACAUAACUCCCUGG